AUGCGACCUGUUAGAAGCUUCUCGGCAGCGUUCAGAGCGGCACUGGUGGCCGCUCUUUUCGGAACUGUCGUCGUUGGCGAACUAACGCACGCUGUUCGGUAUCAGGGAGACCCUAGACUCUCCGUGCAUGUCAAUGAAGCCGUCAAGGUCGAACGGGCCCCAACCCCGCGACAAAGAGCUUUUGAGUUCUGUUCCAAGCCUUACAAGAAGGUAGCAAUAGCGCCGAACCAGACGCCUCCGAAAGCUGGAUCAGCAAAGCCCAGCAGUAAGAAUCUGGCGCCUGCAAAGAAACCGUCUGGAAAGAAGGCCGCUGCAAAAGGCCUAGUAGCUCGCGUCAAGCCAGACGACUUUGAAGAGGUAGAAAUGAGUACGCUCAAGUCGUGCAAGCCAGGAACUGCUGGCUUGUGGUCUGGUGGCUUUGGCACCUGCCCGGGAUUCAUUGUUACCGGUCAACCUAACAGCCCAGAUGGAGUGAGCUGCAUUCUAAUGCACUUCAGCCUCGGCGCGAGCUUGGAUGACAAAGAGCAGAAGGAAAAAUGGGCAGACUUUGAGAAGGCAGUUCGAGCUUCUGGUAUGACCGAGAUCAAGGGGUUGAUCUUCACUGUAAACACCGAUACUCGGUCGAAGGAGAUAAAGGGGGAUCAGUUCUUGGUGGAGGAAGCACAAGCCUUAACCCCGGACUACAACACUCUUAAAUCCCGUUUGGCGAGACUCACCAAGUCUAGAUCUGUCGUCCAUCAGACUCAUAGCUUUGCCCAGGUUGGUGAGCUGCAAGUUGAUCGCAACGGGAAUGUUCUUGUUGAUGGCCGCCGAGUUAUCCUAUAA